CUUCCCCCAAAUCGUGGUAGGCUCCCCAAAGCAGAAGGGCGAGAGGUGCGCCGCUAGGGUCUGGAAGUCCCUAAUCCCAAAGGCAACUACCGCCGUCGGGAUCGUCUCGCCCCGCCGGUAGGAUGGCGCUACAGGCGACGGGGCAAGGGAGCCGCCCACCGGUCGCCGCCGCCGACUCGGACCCUGCCCGGCGGCCGCUUUCCCUCGGUGGCACGGGUUGCCCCAAGAGGAGCGCGGCGGCGGGCUUCCCCGACGACGCCGUCGUCGAGAUCCUCUCGCGCCUCCCCGCCAAGGACCUCUGCCGAUCCAAGUGCGUCUCCAAGGACUGGUGCGAACUCAUAUCCGACCGCCUCCGCUGCAGGAAGCUGCCCCAGACGUUAGAGGGUUUCUUCUAUGGCUGUGUUGAUGACUUCAGCUGUGACUGUGAGGACAGCCACGAAAGUUGCAGUGAUAUCAGUGACGAAAGUGGUAGUGAUGACGGCAAUGAAGCACGCAGUGAUGGUGGUGACGAAGGAGGAGGUGAGGACGAGGGAGGUGAAUGUGUCAGCAAGGAUGAGAGCUUGGUCCAACACACCCACGGGCAUUUCAUAAACCUGUCGGGGAUAUCUGUGCCUGGGCAUUUCAUAAACCUGUCGGGUAUAUUUGUGCCUCUCUAGUUGACCCUUUGUUCUCAUCCCUGAGGAAGCAGCCUGGAAUUAGGAGCCUCAUCCUCUUAGAUUCCUGCAAUGGUCUUCUUCUCUUUAGGUGCACAAAGGUCACAAGAAGCUAUAUUGUGUAUAACCCUGCCACCGAACAUUGGGUGCCUGUGCCUGUGCCCAUCUCCGGCUUAUGGUUUACAUGGAGAGAGAGCCAGGAUGAAGACAGCGAUGAUGAUGAGCGCACUUCUGCUUAUUUGAUUUUUGACCCAGUUGCCUCGCUGCACUUCCAGUUGAUUGAGUUCACCAAUAUUCCGUAUAUGG